AUUAUCUGUUCAGGGACAGGCGAAAAUCACUUUGUGUGUUUUUUUCCAGAGCUGUAUAAAGAGUACCGCAGUCUGAAACAGGCCAAAGAGAACAGCAGCAGUGAUGCAGCCAGCGGUCAUGCUCAGCAGUCAAAAUCUACAGCUGAGGUCAACACGGCAGAAAAGGAAUCAGACUGUUGGGGUUCUCAUCUGAAUCGCAGUUCACUGCCAGCAUCUUCUUCCAGACUGACAUCCCAGGACCGAGACAGUCUAAAGGCCUCUGCCCAGUAUUACGGCCUGAAGCUUAAAAACAACCUGGCUACAUUCAGUAAGGAGAGAUCUGUCUCACUGAAGAAAUCAGCCCUUCCCAAACGAUUGCCCCUAAACAUCUUAAAAGAUGGAGAGACACCUGGAGCUGUUGCUGCAGCUGCCAUGGCCAACACUACAUCCACAUACCCUGAAGCAAGCCCCUCCUCACCAAGAAGUGUUAAGACUUGCUUGGGGUCUGUGGCUUUGAAGACGAUCCAUUCGGUGGAGCCAGAAGAACCGUUUGAACCUUUUAAACUUGUCAGCGAGUCUAGUAAUGAACCUGCAGAUGCUAAUAGUUGCAGUAGUAGUAAUAAUAGUGGUGAUGAUAUUAGUAAAAGUUUUAGCAAACAGUUUAACAAUGCUGCCGAUUUAACUCCCUCUCCAGCCAGAUCUACCUUCUUGUCAUCGUUAUCUGCUACACAUAGUGUAGGAAAUUCAGGAGGAAAUGUAGGAGCCACAAGAAAGUUCAAUGAAAGUAUGGCAGCUUCAGGAGGCAUGAAAGGAAAUGGUGAACCAUCAGGAACUCUACAACAGGGUAGUGAUUCUGCAGGUGUUGGAACUUUGGUUGGCUUGAGAGGAAGCCCACAGUUUCUCAGAGGAGGAAUAGGAGCUAAAGGAAUUGGAGGAAGGCCAUCUCUUGCCAACAGGCUGAGUUUUGUUGACAGGAAGUGGCUAGAGAGGUGUCAGGUGUUUGGAGAGAUGGGGGCAGAGGAGAGGCCUGGAGGAGGUAACCAGGAGAUAGAAGUGGAGAAAAGAGGAGAGAGAGAAAAGGGAAGAGAAGCAGAAGAAAAAGGAGAUGAAAGAGUAGGAAAUGAAAAAAUAGUAGACAGGGCAGUAGACAUGGAACGAGAUGAAGUUUUUAAGAGCAUUACUAGUGACAAACCGGGCAGCAAUAGUAUACUUGCUCAACAGCCCACUAGAAAAAGUAAAGGAGGAUGGGAAGAAAAAGAGAAAAGGAGGGGAAGUGAGGAAAUGGAAAGAGGGCUGAUGGCAGGAGAUGAUGGUGAGACUAGUCCCAAGUCCAAAAGUACAAAGAAGAGAGGGAGGAAGAGGCAGAGAGAGGGAGAGAUGCCAGAGGAGGGAGGAGCAACAAAGAAGAGGAGGAAUGGGAAAAAGAAAGAGGGAAGCUGUGAUGUAAAUGACAGCCCAGCUCAGGAGGGAGUGAAGAACAGGAAAGCCAAAAAAAAUGGAGAUGACAUUGGAGGAGAAGAGGAGAAAGGAACCAAGACACCUCAAAAGGUGCCCAAGGAAAACUUGUUAGGAGAAAUACAAGAGGAAUUUGUAUCUAAGAGAAUGUAUCACACUGAGCAUGUCAGAGCCAGAAGCAAGAAAGGCGCAGAGGGAAACUUUGUAAAGAUAAAUCUGAAGAAAAGAUCUCAUGUCAAAGGAUACGCACUGAGAGGGGUUGCUCUACGCAAACAGUUAUCCAUGCAGAAGUUCCAGCUAAAAGGUGAACGCUUUGGAGGAGGUGGUGGUUAUUUUGGUAGAGGAAGGAGAGGAGGCUUCGGAAGGGGGCUCAGUCGGCAGGGUGACACCUGCUACAAGUGUGGAGGGACCGGACACUGGGCCAUUGACUGCAAAGGACGAGCCCCCCCACCUCCUGUUCUCAAGGAGCAGCCUGCUGAGGACGAGCCGUUUGAACUGCCAACUCUGGAGGAAGUCGCCAGAGCAACAGGCACACUGCGACCUCAGCCACUGGUGUCAUCUUCCAGUGUCAAAGAGCAGCAACAGCAGCAAGAAAAUGAAGUGGACCUUAAAUCUAACGAUGAGGUGUUGUUGAAUGUGAUUCGUCCUGACUACGAACGCCCUGCUCCUCCACCACCAGUGGAACCACUGUAUCAUCUCACAGAUGAUGGGAAAGUCCAGGCAACACCCACAGAGGUGUAUUCAGCUCUGAGAGACCUUGGCUAUCAGUCAUUUAGACCAGGACAGGAGGAGGCCAUCAUGAGGAUCCUGUCUGGUCUCUCUACCCUUGUAGUGUUGUCCACAGGGAUGGGUAAAUCAUUGUGCUAUCAGCUUCCUGCCUACCUGUAUGCUCAGCGAUCAAAAUGCAUCACACUGGUCAUUUCACCUCUCGUCUCACUAAUGAAUGAUCAGCUGUCAGGCCUGCCAGCCAAACUGAAGGCAGCCUGUAUCCACUCCAACAUGACGAUGAAACAGAGAGAAGCUGCGAUAGAAAAGGUGAAGUCAGGCCAGGUGUGUGUGUUGCUUCUCUCUCCGGAGGCUUUAGUUGGUGGGGGCGGUUCAGGGUCAGGGUGUCUUCCCUCAGCUCAGGAGCUCCCUCCUGUGGCCUUUGCCUGUAUAGACGAAGCUCACUGUGUGUCUGAGUGGUCACACAACUUCAGACCCUGCUACCUAAGGCUCUGUAAGGUACUAAGGGAGCGUUUGGGAGUGCAGUGUUUACUGGGACUUACUGCUACAGCCACACUGUCCACUGCUCUGGACAUUGCCCGACAUCUGGACAUCACUGAUCAAGAUGGCAUCGCGGUCCGAUGUGCAGCGGUUCCUCCUAACCUGCAUCUGUCUGUGUCCGUGGACAGAGAGAAGGAUCAGGCUUUGGUGUCCUUGUUGAAAGGUGAUCGAUACGGUUGUCUGGACUCCAUCAUCAUCUACUGCACCAGAAGGGAGGAGACAGUUCGUGUGGCGGCGCUGCUACGGACCUGCCUGCAGGGCACGCUGGUGAAAGAAAACCACCAAAACAGCAGCCAGUCACAAAACAAUCCUAUAGGACAGAGAAAGAAAGAGCUGGCAAGGAAGAAGAUUCGUAAACCACUGAAGUGGCAGGCCGAGUCAUACCAUGCCGGCCUGUCAGCUUCAGAGCGUUGUCGCGUCCAGAACAACUUCAUGUGCGGGCAGCUACGAAUCGUGGUUGCCACUGUGGCGUUUGGCAUGGGCCUCGAUAAAUCUGAUGUCCGGGGCAUCAUCCAUUACAACAUGCCUAAGAGCUUUGAGAGCUACGUUCAGGAGAUUGGGAGGGCAGGGAGAGAUGGAGAACCUGCACACUGCCACUUGUUUCUCGACCCAGAGGGUGGGGACCUCCAUGAGCUCCGUCGGCAUAUCUAUGCAGACACAGUGGACUACUUCACAGUGAAGAGACUGGUCCAGAAGGUUUUCCCUCCAUGCAAAUGUAAACAGAUACACCGGAGACAGCGGGAGCUUGUCAAGGAUGUUGAAGACUCUGAGCUGUUGGAGAUGAUGGAUGUGUGUGAUCAGGAGAGCAGCCUGAACCCUGACACACAGCAGGACAUUACACAUACAGAUGAACAAGAACCUGCUGCUGUACAGGAGGCAUCGCAUCCCAAUUCAGCGGAGCUACCCCUUCAAAAAGAUAGAGACGACGACGAGGAGGAGGAGAAGAAAGGGGAGCAGGUAGUUAAAGAUGUGGAAGCUGAUGGACCAAUCAAACACCAGGAACAGCAUGAAGAGGAGAGCCGUGAUUGGUCCAGAGAGCGAGUGUGUCACACCCAUGAAAGAGCAAUUCCCAUCCAACAGACUGUUGAGGCUCUAGAUAUCACAGAGGAAGGUGUGGAGACAUUGCUCUGCUAUCUGGAGCUGCAUCCCCGGCGCUUCAUUGAACUCCUCCACCCAACCUUGUCUGUUUGUAAAGUCAGCUGCUAUGAUGGGCCAAGACAGCUGCAGAAAAUCACAAAAAUUUGUCCCCCAGUUGCUGUGGUUCUGGCCAGAAGGCGGAUGGCGGGUGAGCGAGUGGAGACAUGUGAUCAGCUGGAGUUUGAUGUCGUCGAGGUUGCGGACACUAUGGGAUGGCAGCUUCCCCUUGUGAAGAGAGGACUCAGACAGCUGCAGUGGAGCACUGAUAGAGGAGGUGGACGCAGUGGCGUCCUCGUUGAAUUCUCCUCCCCAUCUUUCUACUUCCGUUCCUAUGGCGAUCUCAGCGAUGAGGAGAUGGACAGAGUUUGUCAGUUCCUCCAUAAUCGGGUGCAGGACCAAGAGAGAACACAGCUCUACCAGCUGACCUCUUGCUUCAAAGCAUUCAAGAGUGUUGCCUUCCAGAGCGUACUGUCCUGCAUAGAUGAUUUGGAUGAGAGUCGCAGUCUGCAGCUGAAAAAAGUUCUCUCUGAGUAUUUUGACAAGAGGCGAGUGCAGGACCACACACUCACACCAGUGGACAUCGAGGAGCUUGACAAGUACAAGCUGUUGGACUGGGAAGAUCAGAUUAGAGCAGAUAUCAGAUGCUUUCUUGCCAACCGAAGUGAUGAGAAGUUUUCUGGAAGAGCUGUUGCUAGAAUCUUGCAUGGUAUAGGUAGUCCGUGUUAUCCUGCUCAGACCUACGGCAAAGACAGACGCUACUGGAGGAAGUACAUCCAGUUUGACUUCAACCAGCUCAUCAGACUGGCCACUCAGGAGAUAAUUCGCGUCAAGUGACUGACCAAAUCUGCACACAUACUGUAUAUACGCAUGUCCGCACUGUGUGUAUUUACUGACUCAGCCACUUGCAUUUGUGGAUUUAUUAUCCAAAACAGUAAAUGUCUCUUUUGGAUUAAUUUGACCAGAAAUACCUCGUUUUUCCAGGUUGUUUUUAUUCCAUCAUGUUGAAUUUGUACCUUUUGUAAUGCCUUAAUUAAAUAAAUCUUCCUCUUUUUUA